AUGAGGGAUGAAUCACCACCAACAGAUGCAGCUGGACAACAGUCUCUUCAGACACUGCCAGAACAGCAACAGGAGCACGAUGCAUCAGCGCUACCUGAUGCAAACACCAUCACUCCGAAGAAGACAUGGCGCUUUUGGGCCGUGUUCCCAGCACUAUGCGUGACGACCUUUCUCUCGGCCCUCGAUACGUCCAUUCUCUCGACGGCGCUUCCAACCAUUGCACUCGAUAUCGACGCCGGCGAGCUGUACAUGUGGAUUACAAACUCAUAUAUCCUGUCAUCGACGGUUGUCCUCCCGCUAUUUGGCCAGACUGCAAAUAUAUUCGGUCGGCGAUGGAUGUUGAUUAUCUCGGUCGUCAUAUUUGCCCUGGGUAGUGGCAUGGCGGGCGGUGCAAAUAACACGGGUCUCCUCAUCGCAGGACGGACAAUCCAAGGCAUCGGCGGCGGCGGUAUCAACACGCUCGUUGACAUCGUGAUAUGUGACUUGGUUCCCCUGCGCCAGCGAGGCAAGUAUGUUGCGCUCAUGGCAGCCGUGUGGGCAGUUGGAACGGUCAUCGGCCCGGUUCUGGGCGGCGCGUUCGCCCAGUACAUAUCCUGGCGUUGGGUCUUCUAUAUCAACCUGCCGCUUUGCGCUGCGUCACUUGUCCUCUUAGUGCUAUUUCUUCGUGUUACACACCCUCCCGGCAGUGGUACAGCAUGGCAGCAGCUCAAGCGUGUGGAUCUGGUCGGGAAUGCUAUUCUCACGACUGCAGUCAUCUCGAUCUUGCUCGCGCUAACUUGGGCGGGGACGCUGUACGCCUGGUCUUCGUGGCGGGUGCUUCUACCACUCAUCCUGGGGCUUGCAGGACUGUUUCUCUUCUACUGUCAUCAGGUCUCACGGUUCUGUGCUGAGCCCUCGAUUCCAAUCCAGCUCUUCUCGAGCGCUACAGGGAUGUGCGCCCUGUGGAUAGCUUUCCUUCAGUCUGUCCUGCUGUACUGGGUCGGGUAUUUCCUGCCCGUUUACUUCCAGGCUAUACGUAGCGCCACUGCUACAGAAUCCGGGCUGUACGUCCUCCCCAUCACUGCGGCAAUUGCGCCAUUCGGCAUCAUCACCGGAGUCCUCAUCGCCAUCACGGGCAAAUACCGGAUCUUCCACUUUGUAGGGUAUGUUUUUCUCACGAUCGCCAGCGGUCUUUUCUCCCUACUGGAUGAGAAUUCGCCCGCCCGUGACUGGGCCGGCUUUCAAAUAAUCUUCGGUGCAGGCUCGGGGAUGAUCUUCUCCAGCACUUUACCUCCGAUCCAGGCCGCGUUGCCCGAAUCCGAUGUGGCUACUGCAACAUCUACCUGGGCAUUUAUGCGCAGCUUUGGGUGUAUUUGGGGCAUUGUUCUCCCGACCACUAUUUUCAACGCGCGGGUCCAGGAGCUGCUAUAUCGCGUCAGUGAUGUAUCUUUGCGCGGGAAGCUUGCGAAUGGUGGUGCAUAUGCCAUGGCUAGCGAAGGGCUGACACGGACUUUGAGUGAUGCUCCGAAGCUUUUGGCGGAAGUUCUUAGUGUUUACCAGGAUAGUUUGCGGUGGGUUUGGUGGAUUUCGAUCCCUUUCGGGGGGAUCGGACUGCUUCUCUGCGUACCCAUCAAGCAGCUGGAGCUCGCCAAGGACUUGCACACUGAAUUUGGCUUAUCGGAGACCAGCACGAGAGCACAAGAGCGGUGA